CAUACCUGUGCAGUUAACACCGUUUUCGGAAAUUCAUCCUGACGGCUAAUAGUUCCAGAUUAGUUUGACGAAGAUAUGAAUAAUGCAAGUAAGUACGAAUUAACAUAAGUUUUUAUUAAUUUAAAUAAAUUUCUGUUUUAUUAUUAAACGUACCAAGCUUAGUAUUCUGAGCAUAGUAGAAAUGUAUUAGUUUUAAUGUGUGAUUUUGUAACAUGGGUAUAUUUUUGCUGUUAAUACAUUUUCUACAAGAAAUCUUACUCCAAUCAAAAAAAUUGCAAAAGAUUUUUUUAUUACAUUUUGGAUUUAGUUGAUUCAUUGGGGAUAUGGUCAUUUUUACUGAUUUAUUUUUAAUUAGUAAGUUAGAUAAUCAAUUUUUAUUUUCCAACAGAUUUUUGUAAUAUAGUUGGAACAAACGUAAACAACACGGAUAUAUUUUUAGGUGUUAUGAAGUUGAGCUUAAUGUAAAGUAGUAGUUGCAGUAAUAGUAGUUUUUUUAUAAGCUUUUUAGGAUCAAGUUUUAACGAAAAUUGUAGACAUUACAGUAUUUCAAAAUAUGUACAGUCGAACUUCGCUUGGAAUUGUAUUUCGGUAGUAAUACGUAAUUUAUCGUUGCGCACCGACAAAAAUUGAGUAACUAUGUAUUCUACCUACUCACAACUUUCCAUCUAUACAACAGUUGCAUCUCAUCAGCAGUAUCAGCUCUUUUUAGAAGAAUAUUUUGUUAUCAAUGUCCUAUAAUAUACAAAUUAUCGGUUACAAACUAAAUUCUGGGAGUCCAUUCUACAUUUCUACAAUUUUAUUAGGUAGUUACGUACACAAGCAAAUUUUAGGCUAAAAUUAUGGAUUCUCUGCAAUUAGGUACCUACUGUGGAUUAAUUUUCGAAAUACUUUAUAACUUAAAUACGAAUAACAUUAAAUUUUUACCAAGGGUGAUUUGAUGUUGCUAACAAAAAUAUACGUUUUUCUAAACUCAAAAGACCAUCCAUAUGUAUUAAUAUUUGAGACGUUAAUCUACGCGAAGCCUCGUGAUCAAUACGUUUUGAUGCUAUUGUGUCCAACUCGUCAAUAAAUAUUGUACUUGGUGACAUAUGUUCUGCCAUUUCAAACAUAACUUUUAUAAGUUUUUCAGAAUCUCCUCGCCAUUUAGAAACUAGUGUACUUGGUGUAAUGUUGAAGAAUGUUGUUUGGCAUUCAGUUGCCACCGCCUUAGCAAGCAAUGUUUUUCCUGUUAAAAGGGUAGAUAUAUUUGAAAAAAAUCUUAAUCAAAUCUUCGCAAUUAUAGAUAAAGGCUUUAUUUAUAAUUGAUAAAGUAAAAAUAAAAUUGAUCUAUAUUGAUAAGCUUUAUCAUAAAGCUUAUCGAUAUACCACCUAAUAUUUAUUAUGUAUACCUGUACCGGGAGGACCAUACAACAGCAUUGCAGUCCACGGGGUGCAAAGUCCAGUAAAUAAGUCUGGAUAUUUUGUUGGUAAUACAAUUGCUUCAUGUAAUAGUUUUUUCGGCGUUGAAAGUCCUUUAAUAUCUGACCAUUUCACAUUUGGAUUGGUCAUUAAAAUUUCCUAUGUAUUAUAAUACUUCAUUAGUUGUACCUACGUUAGUAUUUUGAUCGUGCGUGUAAAUAAAUUUAAAUUUAUUUUUAAUGAUUACUUUCGAUAUAAUUUCGGCAAAAACUUGCCAUUCGUCUUUCCAAUGACUGAGAUCGAUUGAAGGGAUUGCGUAUUCCUGUUCUAAAGUUUCAUCGCAAAAAUUACUCAUAGGAGUUACUGUAAUAAAACUUGUAUCUAAUGAUUGAACGUCUCGUGAGGGUUGAUUAAUUGAGUUUAAUUUUUUUGUGUUUUUGUUUUUGUUUUUGUUGUUGUUUGUAGCAUGAUGGUUGUCAGUUUUAACAAUAUCCAAUGGUUUAAUGAUUUUUGGUUUUUUUUGAUAACGUAAAUAAUAAUAAUUUUCAUAUUCUAUAAGAAUAGUAUCUAAAUCUAUGUUAUCGCAAACUACAUGAUUACAUGUAUUUAAACAAGCUUCUCCGACUAAAGUUGAUGCAGUUGUCGUAUACCUGUUUUAUAAAAACUAUAUCAUUGAUUUUGUCCUACGAUUAUGAUACGAACUACUCAACUACGCUAAAAGCGAAUUAAUAUAAUAUAUAAAGAUAACUCUAAUAAUAUGAUACUUGUUUUAUUGUUUUAAAAAAAAACUGUAAGACUUUUAUCAUUCAUAAUAAUAAUUUGGGAUUAAAAAAAAUAUAUAAGAUAUCACUGUAAGGUGUUAUAUUUCUUUAAAAUUGUAUAGGUUGAAAAGUUUCGUAAUCAUUGAGAAAAUAUCUAUAUGUACUAUAUCUAACCUAAAAUAUAUUUUAUCGCUUAUAAAGCGCGUAAAAAAAAAAAAAACACGAAAUGCUAAAAUAGUUAAAUUUUAUAUUUAUUACCAGUUUAGUUGUCAAUAUUACUGGUGUAUAAUUAAUAUAUCCCCUUCGGGAUAUUGUAUAUUAAAUAUUUAAAUUUCACUAACACUUAUAAAUGCAGGUACAAUCAUUUUACAUACUACACAAAUCAUUAUUUGUAACGCAAAUUAUAUAUUGUGUAAUUACAAAUACAAAUUGUAUAAUAUGGUACCUACCCAUAUGCUUUUCUAAUUAUUAAGAUUACUUUUUCAAUCUCUGGUAUCUGCGUAAUAAUAACUUCGAAUUAACAUAACAUAUUAUUAUAUUGCAGUAUAUCGAAGUCAUAAAAACUAAUUUAAAAUCAAUUUAUUUGUGUCUAAAAAUAUAUAAUAAUAUAUUAUACUAUGCGAUUAACGACGAAUACAUCGAUGUAGCCAGAAAUCCCCCCCCCCAAGGGGUUUUAUCUAGUGUCCUCCCUCUCGGAUUAAUACAUUAUAUUAUAUACAAAGUCACGGGCUCCCAUAGGUAAAAUUUCAGGAGGAGGGGGGGAAUAAACAAUUACUAAAAUGCUGUCCUAGGAUAAUGGAUACGGGGGCAGCCACUGUUAUAAGUAAUUGAAUGUACCUAUACCUGUAAGCUGCAACGAUAAACCAUUGCUAACAAAAAAUGAUUCUGAGCGUAGUUCAGUUGAUAGUAUGAUGCUUUGUCAAUAAUAUAUAUAUGUCAUUUAAUGGUAAAAUAAUUAAAUAGGCAUUAUAUAUUUUCUUUAAUAAUAUUUGUUUAAUAUACCGAUUUUCCUGGUUUUUCACAUUUGAUGAAAAAAUUGAAAAAAUACUUCCUUGGUACCUCCCCAGUCCGAUUUCAUUUUAGAAAAGUUGCUACAUUUAAAAAUCGGAGCAAGAUUUCUGGUAGAAAAGUUACGCACAGAUAAAAAAAAAAGUAAUAUUAAUAAACAUCAUUGAAAAACCAUAAGUUUUUUCGCUCCACUCAGAAUCUAAAAUUUUUAAUAAAUUAACACUUCAGUAAUAUUAUUAUAAGAAAAGAAACUUAAAAAUAUUACACACCACAAAAGUACGAUAAUUAUAACAGUUAUUUGUUAAAAAUAAAAAUUAUGCUCAAGGUGAAAAAAGAUAUUUAAUAUCUACAACUUUGAACAAUUUUAAAAUGUGUGCAUAAUAAUGUAUUUCUUCCUUCGUCUUGUUUAAAUAGAAAAACUAAAUACUAAAAUCACCAUAAUCUGUCUCGUGCAUUCUUUUUUACUGUCAUGUACAUUUACUAUAAUUUCAUCAUUUCAUUAUUUGAACUAAGAAAACCUAUUAUAGGACUAAAAUAGCAAUCAUAAAUUUCUUACUAUUUAAAUAUAUUAGUGCGUGUUUAUAAAUUGUACGAUGUAUAAAGUAAACCCAAUACGUAAAAUAAAUGUAUAACUUUCACGUUUCUUGUGCAUUAUUUUAUUGCAUUAAAAGUGUAUUCGAUUUAUAAAAAAAAAUAAUGCAUAUAAACAGUAGGUAAGUUGACCAAUAUUUUUGGUAAGAAUUGAACAUGAAAUUAUAUUUAAAAAAUGGAGUAUUAUAAAUGAAUAAUGUAUGUAUUUUAUUUUAUAUGAAUUUAAUCCUAAUGUGCGAUGUAUAUAAAACUGGAACAUACCCUUCUGUGUUUAAAUAAUUUUCUAUCAAAUAGAGAAUUGACUUUUUUCUUUCUUGUUUUUUCCUUUUUUCCUAUAAAUCAAAAUAUAACUAGUUAUAUUAUAGUACACUAUAAUAUUUAUAUAGUACCUAUAUCAAUAUGCAUACUAUUAAAUUGUAAUAUUUUUAUAAAUUCGGUAAGCAAUCUAUUUUAUUUUAUACAAAUAGAUAGGUAUUCUCUGUAACAAUUUCAAGUUUUGGAUUUAAAGUCGGAAUACCUAAUUCAUUAAACCUAUUAACCUAUUGUAAUAUUUUCGAAAUGAAUAACUGAAGACCAAAUUAGGGAAGUACAACUAUUCUUAAAUGUCUGUAUAUGUAUACCUAUGUUUAGGUAAUUAUAGGUACCUUAUAUCCCUACCUACCUUAUUUACCUAGCUCAAAGCACUACUAUUUCGACACUAUAAUUUUUGACAGUGUCAAUAUUUUUGUUUUAUUUUUUUUUUUCGUCAAACCGUUUUCCUUUGUGAUUUUAUUCUUAAGAAGUACCGACUUUCACCUGUCAAGGAAUAAUACAAUACCGUAUUGCAUCGAAAUGAGACUUCAAGACAUGCACUGUGUAUUGCUAAUUUUCACAUGUGUUCUGAAUACGUAUAAGUUUUAUAAAGAUCAAAAGAACGAACCGCGAUUAGGUAAACUCUAUAUAGGUAUAUAGAAAUAUUAUAUAAAGCCACACAUACCUGAUAUAUAAAUCGCUAAAUGCAGAAAGUUUACAUGUUCAAAUUUUAACAUUUUUCAAGGAAGAUCAAAAACCUCUUUAAGCAUCUAGUUUUAUAACAUUCCAUAAAAUUACUGUAGAAACUUAUAGACAUUAUUUGAAAUUAAUACUAUACCAUUAUUAGUUAUUAACAUAAAAUUUGUUUUACAUUUAUUUUCGGAUAUUAAGCAGGUAAGUAAUAAUUUUUUGAGACAUUUUGAAAUUUGAAAAUAUGCCCUUUCUGCAUUCAAUGAUUGGUGAUGAUUACCUUAAUAGUGAUGACAUAUUUAAUGAAAAUAUAAUAUUUAUAUUAAGUUAUAAAAAUAAAAAUAAAUAUUAUUAUUUCACAAAACAAAUACCUAUCGCACCUGAAUCAAUCUACAAUCAAUAUUUAAAAAAAGAACCGGCAAAAAUAAUUUAUGAUUUUUUUGUAUAAAGUAAUAAUAUAAUAAAAUAUGUUUAUUAUAAUAAAUGUAUCCAUCUAUUAUCAUUUUUUUUAUAACUAAUAGGUCCAUAUAACUAAAAAUAGGUGAAAGAGAAAAUUAAGAGAACAAAUAAAUACUGCUGGAUCAAUUGAUUUGAUUAUUAUACAUAUAUUACACAUUAUACAUGGUCUUCCAUGUUACUAUUAAAUUUUCAAUGAAUUUCUAAUUUUUUCAAUAUAUAAAUUAUUUAAAAACUUUUUAUAAUCAUAUAUUCUAAAAAUAUGCUACAUUGUCUUUAUUUUUAAGUGUAAAACGAUUAUCUAAUUUUGAUUUUCAAAUAGCAAGCUACAUUAAAAAAUUCCUUAAAUAGACGGAGUAUUACUUUGAAUAUAUUUAGGAGUUGACAUAUUUGAUUUCCGCCAACCCAUUAACGAGAUAUUCCAUUUUUAAGUUUUAGGUGCGCGGAAAGUAGAGGAGCACUGUUGUAUUACCACGUACUCUGCUGCCUCACAAAUUAUGCUCCACUACUCUAUAUCCUUACCCAAAUUUAGCGUAUAGAUGAAAAUCAAAAAUUUCAACACCAAAUUAUUUUAAACUAAUACACUGAGUAUUAGUUUAUAUUUAUGGCAUUUAUAAUUGAUAUUUGAAAAUCAAAAAUAGGUAACCGUUUCAACUCCGAAAAUAAGAAGAACAUGUAAUAUUUUUAGAAUAUAUAAUUCUAAAAGGUUUUAUACAAGUCAUUUUUUGAUAAAAUUAAUAUUACAUGGAAAAUUUGACUGUAACAUGAUGAAACUUGGAAGAUCCUUUAUAUUUCAAAUCAAUUUAUUAUAGUUACCUAGCACAUUUUUUUACGUAAUGUAAUUGUGUAAAUUAUUUACGUAAUAUUAGAUAGUAAAUUAUGUUAUAUAUAGUAUUUAGUAUAGCCUAUAGGUACUAUAGGUACUACUGUGGGUAUUCAGAUUAAAUUGAUCAAGUGUAAUUCAAACACUACCUAAUACCUAUAUGUAUUUAUUUUUCAUUUAUUUGAGAGAUAAGCUUAUUUGUUUUGAAUAUUUUAUACAUUUAGUUUUUUCAACACGUGUAUUGACAACUAUAUAGACUACAUAUAAAUAAUAAUAUUCAAUAACACUUACCAAAUCACGUCCUCGAUGAGUCGUGUUGUUAACCGAAUCGAAGUUUAUCAUUUUUAUAUUAAUUAUAAAACUCGCAGUUAUUGCACCUUUUUCUAUUAACAUACAAAAAUAUUCAAUCGUUCAUUUUAAAAUGUAAUUUUCAUUAACUGUCAUUAGUCAAAGAACACAACACAAUAUUAUAUAUUUAAUCAUUGAUCACGCAAAAUUUAAGUAUAUUUCCAUAGCAACAACCAUGUCGUGUAUAUUAUACCUACGUUGUAUUUACCUACCUACCUACCCACCCACCUACGUCUAAUCAUUGAUUAAAAAAUACACAGGUAACAUUAUUUUAUCAUCAAUGGUCUGACUAUAAAGAUUAAAAUAAUAAUACAUAUUAUUAUUCAUUAAUCAUUAAUAAUAAUAUAUUAUUUUGCUAUAUUAACAGUGUAGGUACGCAUUUCCAACGGAAAACCCAUUAUUAUUGUUGUAAAAGUUCGUAAACAGUUCACUUACACGCAACGAUAGAUCGUAACAAUUCGAUAGUUACGGCAAAUUCAGCAUUUAUCGUAGGGCAUAAAUUACUGGCUUGAAAUACUUCUUCAAAUAAAAUAUAGGUAUAGGUUGGUUCUAAUUUAAAAUAGUUAAGCCUUAACUAUUUUUAUUAACUAUAUUGCUUUAAUUAUUACGUCAUUGUUUUAUGUACCUCACCCCACCCAAAAAAAAAUACUCGGUAUUUACGGUAGAAAGUCUAAAAACUACUAGAACUGUACGUUUCAGUUAUCAUGCUACAUGCUUCCGAUGAUAAUAUGUAAUGCUACUAAUACUUACCUACCUACUCGUUAUGUUUUUUUAAAAUAGUAUCCACAUAAAGUUUGUUAUAACUGAUCAUUAUUUGUAUUUAAUUUUAAUAAACAGUAGUGCGGUAUUAAUGUCAAAACAAAUGGUUCAUAAUUGAAAAUUAUUUUAUGUAUCAUAUUAUUUAAAUAGGUAAAUCGAAUGUCAAUAUACCUAUUAUUAAGUAAUAAUAACAAAAUUAAGUUUUUUACCAUGAAGUCUGUUUUAUUAAUUGAAAAUAUACCUAUGUGACUAUAUACAUAUAUAUUUUUAGAUAAUAAUGAUUGAACAACAAGUAGAUGAUGUUGAACCAAAAAGAUUUCUGUCGACAAGACAGGUAAAUACUCGUAAAUUAUAUAAUUUUGUUUUUAUAUAAAUACCUAUAACAAUAUUAAUUAAUAUCAUACAAACACAUAAAUUAAAAAAUAACUAUCAAUUAUUAAAAAAAUUGACUAGAUUUUAUUUAAAAAACAUUUCUUGUACUUAAUUUAUAAUUUAUUUUUCAGAUUCAAUCCUACGAGACAAUUUUUCGCGAAGAAGAAAGUAAAUUAAAUACAGAUCAAGGUAUAAAAUUAGGAUGGAUUGAAGGUGUACUAACGCCAUGUCUACUCAGUAUAUGGGGUGUUAUGCUCUUCCUAAGGCUACCCUGGAUUGUAGGGCAAGCUGGCAUAUUUGAUUCAGUUGUAAUUAUCUUCAUAUCACUUAUAAUUAUAGUCAUCACAACUUUUUCACUAUCAGCAAUCAGCACUAAUGGAAGGAUUAAAGGAGGUAUAUAUAUAAUAUAAUAUUUAUUUAAUUAGGUACCUAUAAGGCUAACGCCGGCAGAAGGGUAAGGCAGACUGGACAUUUUCCCCCAAGGCCUCGCGUUUCAUGAAAUGCUUCGCUCCAGAAUACCCCUUAUGGCAGUAGAAUAGGUAUUUUUGGGUUUUAGCCACAACAUAAUAUAAUUAUAGUAUUAAUUCGAUUUUAAAUAAGUACGCUCAAUCCUCUAGAACCACCACAAUCAAGAAUACAUCUAAAAUGUUAUAUUGUUAUUUUACAUUUUUAUUUUAAUACACGAAUUACACUAAGAUUUUACCACAAUAUUGUUUUUUAAGGACUAACGUUUUCGGUGUUUGGUAUUUCUAGAAGCUAAUAGCAACAGCCAAUAGUUAUUUAAGCAAUGGUUAUACACGUGCAUGUUUCUAGUAACACAAGUAGUUAGUCAGAAAAAAUAGGAGAAUGCUUAUAUGAUUUACUGGCGUACAUUAAUAUACUUGAGUAAACCAUACAUUAAACAUUUACUGACAUUUUCUUAUCGUAUUAUCCAGUUUCAUUCCACAUUUUUGUAAUAGUGUUCUAAUUUAUCGUAGUAAUGUAAUAUACUUAUAUUAUACCUAUAUAUUACCUAUAUAUAAUAUAUAGUCAUAAGAUUUAGUGCAACAAGUUCCAAAUCUUAGUAUGUUUGAUUACUGGUGUUGUUUAAAAAUUGAAAUUACCUAAUAAUCUUUAAGUAUAUUCUAAUGUAUAAAUAAAAUAUACUUGUAAUUGUCUAGUUUUAAUUUGGAUUGUUUUGGCCCCGUCAAACGUUUAAAAAUUCGAUACGAGUUUUAUCCUAAGUUAAAUGUGUAGGUAGGCACCUCUUAAUGUAAUUUUAUUUUUGGUUUUAAUAUGUGUUUUUUUUCAGUUUCUGAACUUAUUUUUUUCUUGUGUGUUACAAACUUAUCGAAUAUUUAUAUUAGCCCUUUCUCGAUAAUAUAGUACAAUUUUCAAAGUAUUUUUGUGAUUUUAAAUUUAUUCAGGUACCUACCUAAUUUAAUGCAUUUUAUCAGAAAUAUUUAAGAUUAAAAGGGUUGUACCCGAACACUUUUCACAAUGGUAUAUAGUAAAAAUGUCCAUUAAAAAUGCUCGAAAUAUAAAAAAAUUGAAAUAUAUUAUUUAUAAAAAUGAAAAUUGAAAAAAAAAAUCAUGAGUCGAUCCACAGGAAAAUACAUUCAACAAAUCGUAAAGUUGUAAAAAUCGUAAAAUUAUUAUUUAUUACCACUGAGUGCUGAUAAUCUAAUAAGAAUCACAAUAGACAAAUAUACACAAUUUACAUUUGUACAAAUCUUCAUAAUAUCGGAUCUAAUCAAAAAUAAAACCUGUAGAAAUUAUACGUGUGAUCGUAAAAUUAAACUCGCGUUUAUUGGUUAUUUUUAUCAUCUGUAGUGUAGGUAUUACAGUGUACAAACCGGACGAACAAUUAUUGUUAGUAAUUUUCUUCUUGCCAUUAUGUAUACAAUUAUAUAAUGCGAAACAUAUAAUACAUAAAUUACACAAUAAUUAUAUUACACGUAGGUACCUAUAUAUUUUUAUUUAUUUUUUUGGAAAUUUUUACCUAGAUUCAUAUUAUUUAGAGUAAUAACCAGUAACCACUUUACACUUUGUAUAUAUGAUGUGGCUGAUUUCUCUGUUUAUACUUUUGAGAGAAUUAAGUCCAUUAAAGCUCCCCCCAAUUUCUGUCAAUAAUAACUCAUAUAUUAUAAUUCUUAGUUUAUGUAAAAAGCUCGUUCAAAUGCAUACGCAUCAGUGCACAAUAACGAACAGUUAAUUUAUAUUAUUUUUUGCGAUAAGGCUCGCAUUUACCUGCGAAUUAGAUCAAUUUUGUUACAUUUGAAAUUUUGUAUUCGCGUUUUAUCUUAUAAUUUAUAAAUAGAAGUAUCGGUAUCCAUCACUGCUAUUCUUCUAAUUCGCCUGCAUCCCAAAUAUUUGGGGUCGGCUAAGCGUUGUUAUUCAAUAAUUCACACAAUAAUACUUUAAAAGUCCAGUUAUUUAUAAUUAAUAGGUAAUAAAUAAACAAAGAAAAAUUAGUUUAACAAUUUAGACAUCGCCUCAUCUGUAAAUAUCCUCGUUCUUUAUAGGUAGUUACUUAAUUAUUUCACCAAGGUUCGUUCAAAAGGUUCAUAAGGACCAAAACUUUAAAAUAUAUAACAUUUAAACAUAAGCACUCAAAGAAAUUUAAUAGGAGUGGCGUAUGGCAACUUAGUAACCUUUUUUUUUCUCGUAUAAUCACUUUUUAAAUGGUGCAACGAAGAAGCUAAUGGUUUUGCAAAGAUGUUUAUAUUUUUUUUGUCUGUGGACAACUUUUCUACCAGAAAUUUUGCUCCGAUUUUUAAUGAUGGACAUUUUUCUAAAAGAAAAUUUCACUAGGGAGGUACUUUUUAGAGAGGUCGUUUUUCGAUAUUCUCCGGAGUUUUUCAGCAAAUUUGAAAAACUGAUAAAAAUAAUGAGAAAACCCGGAAAAACGUAGGAAAACCGGAUAAAUCGGUACAACAUUAUACAAGUAUUAUUAAAGAUUAUAUAUAGAUCCUAUUUAAUUAUUUAACUAAAGUAUACUAACUUCCCAAUUUCCCACCUUCACCAGUGGCUGCACCCGUCUCUAUUAUCUUACUUUUUUUAUGCAUUUAUUUACUUCUAAAAAUCCAAGGGGUACAUGCCCCUCCAAACACCAGGUGCAUAUGUAUUUAAGUCUCACAUUAUCUAGCGCCGGUACUAUAUAGCUAUAUACAUGUAUACAAUUUUAAAUGUAUAAUAAGUAUAUGUAUAAUUAAAAAGUAAAAUUGUAUAAAAAUAAAUAUAUGUUUAUAUUCCCACUAACAUAUUAUAAUCCUUUCAGGGGGUCUGUAUUUUAUUAUUUCUAGAUCGAUUGGAUCAGAAUUUGGUGCAUCUAUUGGCGUUCUUUUGGCAUUAGCUAAUACUAUUUCAGUUGCAUUAAAUACAAUUGGAUUUUGUUUAUCAUUAAAAUCAUUACUACAGUCAUUUGGUAUCGGAAUAUUGGAUUCAAAUUUUGGUUUUACACUUGCGGGGUUUAUAACAAUACUUAUUAUGGGUAUACUAUGUUGUAUUGGUAUGGACGAAGAAGCCAAAGUUAGUACAGAACAAUUAAAUUAUAGUUAAGUAUACUAAAUAAUAUUUUUGAAAUUGUUGAUUGUUAUUUAUCAAGAUUCAAAAUAUACUCCUCGUGUUCAUUGUUGGUGCUAUAUUUGAUAUCAUUAUUGGAUCAAUCAUUGGACCAACUACUAAAAUUGCAAUUGCAUCAGGAUUCACAGGAUAUAGAGGUAAAUUCAAUUUUAGUUUUUCAAGGCAGUUAUACUUUACAACUAAAUUGAAUUGCAUUACCUACUUUUUAGUGGAAACGUUCAAAGAAAACUGGUAUUCUAAUUAUAGAUCCCAAGACAAUGUUGAACAAUCUUUUUUUACAAUUUUUGCUGUGUUUUUUUCUUCUGUCACUGGUAUACAAGCUGGAGCAAAUAUAUCGGGCGAUCUUAGGGUAAGUGCUUACUAAAAAAUAAAUUUAUUUUUGAAAAAAUUGUUUAGUUAUCAUUAUGGUAAUUUCCAAUGUUGUAGGAUCCAAGUGAUGCAAUACCAAAGGGAACUCUUUUAUCAAUUCUCAUCACUAUAACUACAUAUAUUUUAUUAAUAGUAAUACCUGGAGCGGUUCAGUUAAGGGAAGCAAGUGGUAACCCAAAUGAAAUUCAAAAUGGAACUUACUUAAAUUGUUCAUUUAGAAAUUGCACCAAAGGAUUAUACCACGAUGAAAAUGUAAAUAAUAAUAUUUGAUACAAAUUGUUGAUUUUUUUGCAGUAAAUAAAGAUCUAAAACAGAAAUUGUACAAUCAUGUACUUAGGCUAAAACUCAAAUAAUAUAUGUAUACCAAAAUUGAAUUAUUUAUUAUUCAUAAUAUUUUUAAUAUCAUUCUUUUAAAGGUUAAAGUAAAUUCUCAAACAUUUCUUUAUUCUGGAAAAUAAACAAUUUUAAAUUAUGUCAAUAAGAAAACUUUAAGUACAUGGUAUUUUAAAAAUAAAAAUAAAAUAUAUUUUUGUGAAUUUAUCUAUUAAUUAGGUAUAAUGAAAACAAUUUUUUUUUUAUACUUUCAGUUGAUGCAGACAAUAUCUUUAUGGCCAUAUCUCAUAUACCUUGGGUGUUUUGCAGCCACAUUGAGCACUGCUUUAACUGCUUUAAUUGCUGUACCAAAAAUAAUACAAAGAAUGGGUCAAGAUGAAAUUUAUCCAUUUCUUAAAUACUUGGCAAAAGGUUUUGGAAAAUCAAAUGAACCGUAUCGAGCUCAUUUUAUUGCCAUUUUAAUAUCAUCGUUAUUUCUAUUAAUGGGUAGAAGAAUUUUCUUAAUAUUAUACCUAUACAAUUAAUUUAUUCAUGAAUAGGAUAGGUAGUCAGUUUUCAUUAUAAUUACGAAAAAUAAUUAAAAACACAAUCAUAUAAAUAUUAUUAUAGGCCUUGUUUAAAUGCCUACUAGAAUAAAUUUAUAAUAAGAUAUUAAAACUAAAACUAAUAUACGCAACAUUUCAUAAAAAUUUAAAUAAUAACCUACCUAAAUGAUUUAUUUUACAGGUGAACUAAAUGUAGUCGCUUCUUUUAUAUCUACUAUUUAUUUGUGUGCGUAUGCUUUGUUAAAUUUAUGUACAUUUCAUAUUGCAUAUUUUAAACCUUUGGGUUGGAGACCAUCAUACAAGGUAAUUACUUGUCCUCAAUUAAUUAUGAAACAAUUAUAUUUAAGAUAGUUUUAUAUUAUUUUCAGUUCUAUAAUAAAUGGUUAAGUCUUGUUGGGGCUAUUAUCUGUUUUUCAACAAUGGUACUUAUUGACAAAACAAUGUCAAUAGUUGUUUUAUGUGUUUUAUGGAUUUUAUACACAUUUGCGUCUGCAAAUAAAGAUGGUAUGUGAUUUGUAAAUCGUAAUUAGUUAUAAGAGAAUUUUAUUUAACUAAUGUUCUAUGUUAUUGUAAAACUAUUAUUUUACUGAAUGAAGACAAAAAUUGGGGAUCUUCAAAACAAAUACAACAAAUUAAAACAGUCCUAAAGUGUAUGUAUAUGGCUGAAACUAUUCAACAUCAUGUUAAAAACUAUACACCAAAUAUUAUGGUGCUUUCUGGAGAGCCCGAAUCAAGAAGAGAAUUAGUUUAUUUAGCUUAUUUAAUAACCAGAAAUAAUAGUUUACAAGUGUGCGUUAACAUAAUAAAGGCAAAUUAUUUAUUCAACAUCUAAUAUCUAUAUUAAACAUUUUACCAAUUGCAAUGUUUUAAAUGAGAUGGCAUAAACCCAUAAUAAAGAAGGAUAAUUAUAUUAUAUUAUGUGUGUCAUUUUCUUUAAAACAUUGCAGUAAUGUAAAUUAUAAAAUAAUAAAAUAAAUAUUAUAUCUAUCUAUUAUAUAGGAAGCAUUAAUACCUAAACUAAAACAAGAUAUAUUUAGAAAUGGAGUGAAGUGGUUGAAAAAAAUGGGAAUUAAAUCUUUGUACAGUGUACUUGACAAUAUUGAUUUAGAUAUUGGUGUUCGGAUAAUGAUGGAUUGUUCUGGGCAUGGAAUUCUUAAGCCCAAUAUUAUUCUUGUUGGAUAUAAGCAUGGCUGGUUUAACUGUGUUCACAAAGACAUCAAAAGUUAUUUAAACAUAUUAAAGUAUACUUUUUAAAUUAUAUUUAAAGUAAGUAUACCAUAAAAAUAAAUAAAUAAAUACAAUAUUUUAUUUUGAUUAGUUUAUCAAACAUGAAUGGCCUCGCAAUAAUAAUUGUCCGUUUACCGCCAGCUGAUACAACUACUCAACAUAUUGAAGAAAGAAAAUUGGUUUUAAAUAAAAAAUCUCGUUUUAAUAAAAAUCAAAAGUUAAGUAAUAAAGAGUUAAUUAAUGAAGAAGACAAAAAUCAACCGAAGUAAGUAAUAUUUUUCAAGAUAAUUUUUAAAUGUUGUAAUCUAAAAUAUUUCUACUGUUAAAACAGGGAUAUUGGUUGUUCUGUUAAAAUGUUUAAGAAACAAUUUUCAUUUGUUAAAAAACGAAAAAAUGGAAUAAUUGAUGUAUGGUGGUUAUUCAAUGACGGAGGUAUGUAUUGUACCUAAACUAAUAAAAUGUUAGCAAUGAAAAUUUGAUAAAUAUUACACUUACAUAAAUUCUUUCCAGGUUUAGCACUGAUUAUUGCACACAUAUUAAAGUCAUGUGAUCUUUGGGCAAAAUGCACUUUUAGAAUAUUUGGUGUCACAGAUAAAAAAGAAAAUUUAAAUACGGAAAAAGACAAGUAAAUCUCAGGUUGUUUUAUUUAUUUUUGAAAUACUUUAAUGGAUUUCAAGCUUAAUGUGUGUAAAUAAAAAAAAACAACAGUUGAAUAAUUGCUUUUUCGGUUUUAAAUUUAAUAAAAAUGUAUUGGAAAUUAUACAUCCCUACACCCUUCAAAAAGUAUAUUUAAAAAAAAAACCAAAUAUAUUAAUUAAUUUACUGUUUGUGGGUUAAUCAUUUUAUAAAAUAAAAUAAAUGUUACAAUUUAUUUUUCAUUUGGACUUUUUAAAAUAUUUAUAUUUGCAACUCUAUUUGGAAGAUUUUAGUUGUUUAUCCUAAUAAUAGGUAGGUAGGUACAUUAUACAAAUUAAUGGUGUAAGUAUAUAUAUGAUAUAUUUGUUUAGUAUAUAUCAUUUUGUUCUUCAUUCUGUUUUGUAAAAUAAAAUAGUUACUAAAUAUUGACACUUGUCUUUAAAAUAAGUAUGUAGUAUAAUAUGUUAGUGGACACUAAGAUGAGUUAUUGUUCCUUUAUUUAAACUCAUGAAAAACAUUAGUAGAAUAAAUUUUAAUUAACAUUUUGUCUUGUACUGACAAUAAAAUAUUUACAAUUAUUUGCUGCACUGUCAAUUAUUUGUCUACUCAAUUAAUAAUAAUAAUAACAUGUCAAAGCCACUUUAAUAUUGAUAUAAAUAUUCUACUGUCAGCUAGACUGCUAAUUAAAAAAAAUUGUUUAGGACAUUUUAUAAAGCUGUAUAUUUUAUUUCUUAUUUAUUUAUGUUUUUAUCGGAAAUCAAUUUUAGCUACUAUGGCCAUAAUUUAGAUACUUUGAAGUAUAGGUAUAACUAUUUUGUAUAACUGUAAUUUUAAUAGUACCUAUGUCAUGCAGUGUUAGUAUAUUAUAUUUUUAUUACCUAUUACCAUGUAGAACGUAGCUAUUGUGAUAUUACAUGCACAAAGAACACGAACACGUCUGGGGAAUUAAUAUACCAAUUAGUUAUUCAGAAGGUAAUUCAAAUCUCAAUUGUGUCACCAGAGAAUUUAUUGUUAUAUUAUGUUAGAAUUUAAUAGUGCUAUAAAUAAUAAUAAUAAACUUAUUUAUCAUAUUCCAAUAAAUGUAAACGAAAUACAUUUUUUUUAUUUUUUAGAUUAAAACAAUUGUUAGCAAUGUAUCGAAUUCAAUUUGAUUUUAUAGACGUUGUGUUAGCAAAGGCCACUAGUCUUAAAACCAAAGAACAGUUCACUACUUUAUGGAACCAACAGUUCAUUGAUCAAGGUACUAAUUGAUUUUUGUUUAUUUAAAAUUAUUUUUUAUGAUACAGCAAAUACACCUUUUUUUUUUAAUGAUAUACAGAGUGUAACAGGAUAUUUGACAAAUAGUCCAGUUAUACUCUGUAUACAGUAAAACUUCCAUUAAUAGUCACCUCUGAAAGACUGUGUAACAGUAAUUUUUUUCAGUCCCGUCAAGUGUUAUACCUCCAUAGUAAACUUCUAAAGGACGGCCAUCUCUAAAUAGAGAUCAUUAUUUUCGGUGACUGUUAUAUGCAAGUUUUACUGUAUUAUCAUGUAUAAUAAAUAGGUAUUAUGGAAGUUCAAUAUAAAAAUAUACAAAUACAAUUUUGUGUUAACCAGGUAAAAUUAAUUUUAUGAUUUGUAUUAAUUGUUAAAUAGGUAAUAUUUUUCAUUUUCAUUAAAAUAUCACAAGUUAAAAUAAUCAUAAAAUAUUAAUUAUUACUCUAAAAGUUCUUGCAUCUGUAUCUAUGGGUGUCAUUAUUAACUAUUUCUUAUUGAUUACCUUGGCCUUAUGAAAAUAACUGACCAAAUUCAGUGUUUAAUAAAUUUAGUAGGUAAUUAAUUAGCUACCUAUGUAGUUAUAGUUUUAUAUGAUUAUAUAUAAGAUGAAAUAUUAUUGUUUUCUUAGUCCUAGUUCAGACUGAAGUGAUACAUAACUAAUAUCUGCAAAUGUUUUUAUUUAGAAAGCCAACCAGAUGGCAAUGAAAAAUAUAUAAUUGAUACAUUGUUUAUAAGAGAUUUAUUAGAAACAUAUUCAAUGCGAUCAGAUUUAAUCAUUAUGUAAGUACACACAUGACAAUUUUUUUAAAAAUAAUAAUAUUUUGAAGAUAUCAUUCAAAAAAUAUAUCAAAAUUAUACUUAUUUAUAGUUCGACUCCAAAAACUGAGGAGCAAUCGAACCAAAUACAUAGUAUGUAUUGGAUGGAAAUUGUUACUAGAGAACUACCGCCUUGCAUUAUAAUUCAAGGAAAUACAAUUGAAACUGUUACAGCUAGUGCUUAAGUUUAAAUAAUAAUCAGUAAAAUUGAAAAUAUAUUAUUAUAACUACACAAAAUGAAUGGUAGUAUUUUUAUAUUAAUGGUACCUAUAGAAUAGCAAUUGCAAAAUAAAUGCACCAGAUUUGUCAGAUUUUUUUUUAUCGGGUCAUUUCAUUUAGUAAAUGUAUUUUAAAUUUGAUAAAAACCUCACUGCACGAAUUGAUUAAUAAAUUCCUCCUCCCCUUAUAAAUGAUGUUGGUAUACAAGUUAUAAUUUAAAAGACGAGAGAGUGAGAUGAAGGUGAGAAGUUAAAAAGGUAGGAUAUAGAGAAUUUAAUGUAUAUCUGUACGUAAUGAUUAAUCAUUGUUAAUGAAAAAUGAUUUUGAACGGAGUUUGGUUCUACACAGGAUUGGAAUGUUUCUGAAAGGCUAUCGUGCAAAAUUAAAAUAUCUAUGAAUAGCUCAAAAAUGGCUAAUAUGUUUUGAAAAUUUCACCACGUCUGUAAAAGGCAAAUAUAGGUUUUUUGUUCAAAUUUCAAGUCUCUACGAAUAUUUUUAACUGAAUCCAAAAAUUGAAAUAAUACAUUUCGUAAAUUUUCUUGUUUUGUUUAUCAAAACCUCUUGGAAAUUAAAAAAAUGACCUGAGAAUGGCUCAAAGAACUACCCAGAUAAAAUUUUACUUCAGAAAAAAUGCUAUACUUGAAAAUCGGAGCAAGAUUUUUGGUAGAAAAGUAGUAAGUAGUUGUUUUAAUCACAUUUUUUUGUUAGUAUUUUAUAAAUUUUACAUAAGUAGAAUUACAUAAUUUUCAAAAUAGUAGUUAAAUAAUAUUUUUUUUUUUUAUUUUCUUUCGUAUAGAUAUUGUAAAUAAUUUUUAUAAUAUUAUCGAUGAUUUUGUG